AUUAAAAUAUUAAAAAAAAAAAUUAAUUCUAAAUUUUUACAUUUAUUGCAAAAAUCCAUAGAAAAUUAAUCAGCGUCUAGCGCUUAACAGCAAGUGAAUGCCACAAUUUCCUAGUCAACUGCAUUACCUCUGCAGCUAUCUACACAUAUCUCUUUGUCGCACUCAAACACACACACACACCGUUACAACCGCAUAAGUAUGCCGUUAUAUAUGUCUCGAUGUACAUAAUAGCCGUUUGCGUGUGCAUAUGUGUGUCCACUUUUAGCUGUGCAAUGCCGAUUAGCAUAUUUGGGAAGCGUCUAACUGCCGCCCAUCAGCGUGUGAAUGCAACGAAAAAGACAACAACAAAAGUAGCAGAGUGGUUUGUCGUUCGCGCCGAGGAGAGCAAACGCAAAAAGCGCGUCGAGCGUCAGCGCCAGCAGCAGCGUCAACGCCGCGGCGCCAAGGUGUUUCGCUGCGUCAGCGAUUCCACAGGCCAUCUCACGCUGGCGCCGUCACGCCUCUUCGAGAAGACACCGAUGAGCCCGUCCGACAGUCUCGAUGAAAUCGCACUGCAAAUACCCAGAGUCCGUGUGGAAUAUUACGUAAACGAAAACACAUUCAAAGAAAGACUGCAACUUUACUUCAUUAAGAAUCAGAGAUCAAGCCUACGAAUACGAAUUGCCGACUUGUUUUUUAAGUUACUAGCAUGUGUUCUGUACAUAUUACGUGUGAUAACGGAUACGAAUCCAACCUUUGCAACGUGUUAUGGCUGCUCAGUGAGCAAUAAAACAGAGUUCCUCGUUUCGGCACAACUAACGGAGGAGGAAUUCCAGGAGAAUCCCAUUAUAAAUUGGGAAGCUAUCUUAUGGGUGAAUCGGCCCACAAUAUUGUGGGCAGCGCAAUUAAUAUUAGCAUUAGUAUCUCUCACAGAGGCCGUACUACUAACAUAUCUAGGCUAUAAGGGUAAUAUCUGGCAACAGAUUCUUUCGUUUCAUUUCAUUCUAGAAUUAAUUACGACAAUACCAUUUGCAUUAACGAUACUAUGGUCGCCUUUAAGAAACUUAUUCAUACCCAUAUUCCUCAAUUGCUGGCUGGCGAAGCGAUCGUUGGAGAAUAUGUUCAACGAUCUGCAUCGCGCCAUGCAAAAGUCACAAUCCGCACUCUCGCAGCAACUCACUAUACUCUCUGCCACGCUGCUAUGUCUGGUGUUCACAAGCGUCUGUGGCAUACAGCAUUUUCAACGCGCCGGUCAUCGUCAUUUGAAUUUGUUCCAGAGCACGUAUUAUGUGGUUGUGACAUUCUCAACAGUCGGUUAUGGCGAUUUCGUGCCCGAUAUAUGGCCCUCACAGCUUUAUAUGGUGAUUAUGAUUUGCGUAGCACUUAUAGUGCUGCCGACGCAGUUCGAGCAAUUGGCCUUCACUUGGAUGGAGCGGCAGAAGUUGGGCGGCAGCUAUUCAUCGCAUCGCGCGCAAAGCGAAAAACACGUCGUCGUCUGCUCGACCACACUGCACGCGGACACAAUCAUGGACUUCCUCAACGAAUUUUAUGCACACCCACUGCUACAGGACUACUAUGUGGUGCUGCUCAGUCCCAUGGAGUUGGACACCACGAUGCGCAUGAUAUUGCAGGUGCCGAUUUGGGCGCAACGGGUCAUUUAUAUUCAGGGUUCCUGUUUAAAGGAUGGUGAUUUGGCACGUGCGCGCAUGAAUGAGGCCGAGGCAUGUUUCAUACUCGCCGCUCGUAAUUAUGCCGAUAAGACUGCAGCCGACGAGCACACGAUAUUGCGUUCGUGGGCGGUUAAGGAUUUUGCGCCGAGUGUGCCGCAAUAUGUGCAGAUAUUUCGCCCGGAGCACAAGCUUCAUGUGAAAUUUGCGGAGCACGUCGUCUGCGAGGACGAAUUCAAAUACGCGCUGUUAGCCAAUAACUGCACUUGCCCCGGCGCGAGUACGCUGGUCACAUUGCUGUUGCACACGUCACGAGGACAGGAAGGUCAACAGUCACCGGAGGAAUGGCAUCGCCUCUACGGCAAGUGUUCCGGCAAUGAGAUCUAUCACAUUGUGCUCGGCGACAGUCGCUUCUUCGGCGAGUACGAGGGCAAAAGCUUCACUUAUGCCAGCUUUCAUUCACAUCGAAAAUAUGGCGUUGCAUUGGUGGGUGUACGUCCAGCUGAGCUGCCGGAAUUCUACGAGGACACCAUACUGCUGAAUCCGGGGCCGCGGCACAUCAUGAAGAAGGACGACACAUGCUAUUAUAUGAGCAUAACAAAGGAGGAGAAUUCGGCCUUUGUUGUCAAUCAAAAUCAGAAUCAAAAUUUGGAUACGCAAGCGACGACAAAGGACGGUGUUAGCACAACAACAAUAAACAACAACAAUACUACCAUCACCACGAAUAGCAUCAAUGUGCAUAUGAAUGUAACAACAACAACAACAAGCACACCGGCAACCACCAUUAGUACAACAACAACAUCAACAUCAUUGAAUCGCACAGCACCGGUGCCAUCGGUUUGUGUACGCGUGCCGCACAGUCCCAGCCUGGACUCGGGACGCGGCGGCGUCUUUGGCGGCGGUACACCUACCAUGACCGAAAGAUAUCCGCCAACAUAUAGUGAUAGUGACUUAACGACACUAUUCGUGCCAACUGAUAAUCUAACGUCUGUGAUAAUCUCCGAUUCGAAGCAGAAUCUCAAGGAUACAACGGUGACAUCGAUGAAUGCAACGCAAACACCCUCGGCCACGACAACAACCACCGUCACCACAACGAUACCGCCUAUGUUGGGUGGCGGUGGCAGCGGCGGCAACGGCUUAGGCUACAGCGGUGGCAGCAGUAGUGGUGGUGGCGGUGGCGGUCUGAGUGUUGCAACCGCCACAUUAACGACCAGCAAUCACUUGGAUGUGCCGCAAGCGGGGAAUCCAAAUUUGCUCAGCCCCGAUGUGCUCAAUCAGCGUAGAGGCAGUCGUCGCCCAUCCAUACUACCCGUACCGGACAUGUUCACCUCAUCAUCGUUCAGCAUAUCAGGCAACGACGACGGCGAAGAGGGCGAUGAGAGCGAAGAUGAAAUUGACGAUGAUGUGCCGUGGCGAUCGCCGUCUGAGAAAAUCGCUGCGCUGAGCGGUCAUUUUCCGCAAUCGCGCACCUAUUCGCUGAUCAUGAGCUCGUCGGAGGAUUCGAAUAAUCAGUGUUGUUGCACGAGCCAGCCGCACUUGCAGAGCGAGUCGCGCUAUCGCAUGCUAGCGAAAAGUUUCAGCUGCGAUAGCGAUUGUCGGCGCGUGUUGCCCUGCAAUUUCGUGCGUCGCAAUCGUGCCCUCGCACAAGUCGUCGAUGCUGCCGCCGAUGCUGGCGACACAUAUUGUUCACUUUGCUCCACCAACACUUGGAUACCGGCCACGACGGCGACGACAACCACCUUCUCGACAACGGGCACUCAGCGCACUGCAGCCACCUCGAGCAGCUCGACUUCGGGUUGCUGUGGCGGUGGCAGUGGUGGCAAGGCGGCACGUCCCAUCUGGGCUAUGGAUUAUUUGCGCAUCGUCAAGGGUUUCCCGCCCGUCUCGCCGUUCAUCGGUGUUAGUCCGACGCUUUGUUACUUGCUCAAGGAGAAAAAACCAUUGUGCUGUCUGCAGCUGGCACAGGUGUGCGAGCACUGCAGCUAUCGCAAUGCCAAGGAGUAUCAAUGGCAAAACAAGACGAUUAUUCUGGCGGCGGAUUAUGCAUCGAAUGGCAUUUACAACUUUAUCAUACCGUUACGUGCGCACUUUCGUUCGAAAACGUCAUUAAAUCCGAUUAUAUUGUUGUUGGAGCGUCGACCGGAUGUGGCCUUUCUCGAUGCACUCUCCUACUUUCCGCUGGUAUAUUGGAUGCUCGGUUCCAUUGACUGCUUGGAUGAUCUGCUGCGCGCCGGCAUCACCUUAGCCGAGAGUGUGGUGGUGGUGAACAAGGAACUGUCCAACUCGGCGGAGGAGGACUCGCUGGCCGAUUGCAACACCAUCGUCGCCGUGCAGACAAUGUUCAAAUUCUUUCCGAGCAUCAAGAGCAUAACCGAACUGUCGCAGAGCUCCAACAUGCGUUUCAUGCAGUUUCGUGCGCACGACAAAUAUGCGCUGCACCUGAGUAAAAUGGAGAAGCGCGAAAAAGAGCGCGGAUCUCAUAUUUCCUACAUGUUUCGUCUGCCUUUCGCUGCCGGUGCCGUCUUCAGCGCCUCCAUGCUGGACACGCUGCUCUAUCAGGCGUUCGUCAAGGACUAUGUGAUCACAUUUGUGCGUCUGCUGUUGGGCAUCGAUCAGGCGCCGGGCAGUGGCUUUUUGACAUCGAUGCGCAUCACAAAAGACGACAUGUGGAUACGCACCUAUGGUCGUUUGUAUCAGAAACUCUGCUCGACGACUUGCGAAAUACCGAUCGGCAUUUAUCGUACUCAGGACACAUCGAAUACGGAAGCGUCACAUGUGAGUAAUUCACCUGUAGAGAAGUGGGGACCGUUUUCCGCUUUCGGAAAGCACUGUGUGCGCUUGCGACCAUCGUACGACGAAGAAGCGGGUACACCCGAUUCGACGAAGGACAGCAGCGAAGUCCUUCGUGGCGUUACCUACCGACCGCCAUCGGCCUCUGGUCAUCAUCAUCAAAGCCAUCCAUCACAACACAAGUCGACCACCUGUCUGGGUGGCUGUUCGGAACGGAAGGGUUCAUCAUCUUCUAUGUUUUUUCAGUACUCGAUAAAUUUGGCCGAUGAGGCGCGCAACAAUCAUGCGCAACAAAUCGAACGCGCCGAAAUCGCGAAUCUGGUGCGCAGUCGCAUGGAGUCGCUGAAUCUGCCAACAAUCGACUAUGACGACGUGAGCGAGAAGCGCAAUCAUCUAUCGUAUGUGAUAAUCAAUCCGAGCUGUGAUCUGAAGUUGGAGGAGGGCGAUGUCAUCUACUUGGUGCGUCCGUCGCCGUUUUCAGCGCAAAAGACCUUCGAACGUCACAAUUCACGCCGCAAAUCAAACAUAUCCUUCUGUUCGAACAUCAAUUUGGGUGCCGCAUGCGGUCCAACCGUUAGUGCCGCGGCCGGUGCGGGUUCGCGUCGUGGCUCCGGCAUAGCUGGAUUGAAUCCGAUGCAAAUGCAAAGCGUACAGACGUUGGCCGGGUAUGGUUCGCCACGCUGCUCGCCGCCCAUACAACAAAUUAAAUCCAAUUCUCUUUCUCUACCCGACAGUCCGACGGUUGUUGGCACACAGCGCGGCCGGAGCAAUUCAUUGCGGAUCGACAAUGAUAUUUUGCUACGGCGUUCCUCAUCAUUGCGGCAAGGCUUACCCAGUGUUGGUGUUAGUCAUGGCCGACGAAAAUCCUCGUUAGAGGAGAUCGGCAUUAGCCAUUUUACGACGCUAAUGCAAGCAACGAAUCACACGAAUCCCAUUAAAAUUGCACUCAACGGCAGUAUAGGACUGGAGUCCACACCUAACUCUUUGUACUUUCAAUAUCAGGUCACACCACCCGAAGAACCAACACCCAUACUAGGUGUACCCUGCAUAGUGGCCGGUGGUCCCGGCGGUGGUAUUAAUCCCUCGGCGUUAGGUGGUGCCACGCUUUGCGGCGGCUCAUCACUGGCCAUCAAUACUGCCGAUUUGGGCGCAUCACCCACAUCGAGUAACAACAAUUCACCGCUACAAGUGCCACAACAGGAUUCACAACAAUCCGGACCAAUGCAAUCACCGCAACAUUUACAAGGGACAAUUGUAUGAUACAACCUAAUGUGGGGUCGCAGACUCCGCUCGUCGAUAUCGAAGAAAAAUAAAUGGAUAUAAUAUAAGUAGAAAUCGGAGCGGUGCUAAGACGUCUAAACGUCCACACGACGUGACGAUCACGAUGACGUCACAAUGCCACGAGUGUCGGCUAUCGUUACUGCAGCGGAGUCCAAAGCAAAAGACGAGUAGUUAGGCGAACACAGCUUACACACCGAAGCACGUACGUAGUUAACUGCAGCAGAGAUAGCAACAAAGUAGUUUCGCACAUCAUGUACAUACAUAUGUAAAUAUUAUUAAUUGUAGCGUAAGUGGGAAAACGCUUAAUAUUGCCGAAUCGGACGUCAGGUGGUCGUAUGCAAAUGCGUUAAACGUGCAACGAUUUCAAAAUAUAUAGUAUAUGUAUGUAUAUCUAAUCACUUAGCUUAAGUUUCGUUUGUAGUGAUCAGCUGAUCAGCUGUAAAUAAUGUGACUCGUUCAAUUGUAGUACUAGGGUAAGCCUAAAGUUAUUUCAUUAUAAAUAUGUAUUACAUGCAUUGUGAAUGUACAAUAUUGAAUAUACAUAUAUUCUUGAGUUUGUAGAUAAUUUUUAAUUACCAAUAAUACCUAUUUAUGUAUUAGGUAAUAAAAUUAUAAUUCUUUAGAUAAUUUUCUCGAAAAUUUUGUUUAAAAAAUAUAUUUUGAUUUAUUUUGAAAAAUAUUUAUUUUUUUGCUUUGUAAGAUCUGUAGUUGAUUAUUUAUUUAUCUAUCUAAAUUUGGGGUGUCCUAACCAAAAGUCGGUACCCACUUACCUUCACCAGUAGCGGAUCCAAAAUUUUCUUCGCGCGGGGGUGCUAUAAAAGAAUAUUGCUCAUGGAGGUUAAGAUGUUAAAACAUCCGACUACAGGCAAGCAUUUCCUAUACGCUCUCUAAGGCUUAAACGUUGUAAAGAAAUUCAUAAUAACUUUUUGUCAGUCAUUUAUUAUUCCGAAUUAUCACACUCUGAUUUGUGGACCUGUUUGAUACCUAAAAACCUCGUGGAUCCACUGCUGGUACGCACCUAACCCUCACGAGCGUAGAGAAGAGUGGCUUAUGGUACCGUCCUGUUUGAACCACAUAUUGUCCAAGUCCAUAUCAUCCAAUUCGGGGAGCGUUAGUUAUUCCCAUUCACAGUAACGUGCCGGUCUUGAUCAGCAUGGAAGAAGUACGGCCCAAUGACGUCGUCAACCCAUAAACCGCACCAAACACUAAUUUUUUCGGUAUGCAAUGACGACUCAUGGAUUACGUGUGGGCUGCUGCCUGACCUAUAACGCAUAUUUUGCUUGUUGACGAAGGCAUUAAGCCAGAAUUGAGCCUUCUCGUUGAAGAUGAUUUUUCGAUGAAAAUGCGGAUCAUUUUCAGCUUGUUACUCAGCCCAAUUAACGAACAUACGACGAUUCCGAUGGUCAAAUGGCUUCAGUACUUGCAUCAAUUUAAUCUUGUAAAGAUGUAGGCUAAGAUCUGUUCGCAAAACUCACCACAACGACAUCACAGACGCUUGAGAACGACGUGUGAGAGACUGAUUUGGGUCUUCCUCAAUUGAAGCGCUAGCGGCAGCAAUAUUUUUGACACUACGCGCACUUCUUUGUCAUUGCGUCAGUCUCUUAUUAUUACCGAAUCCUCAUUCUUUGAUUUUGGAGCAUGUUUGACAGACAAACCCCCUAUGGAUCCGUCCCUGGUGUACACCUAAUCCUCACGGGCGUAGAGUAGACAUUAGUAAACUGAUAUUAGUUCUCAAAAAUUAACUUGUAAUACAACUUCCAUACAAAGGAACCACUUUUCAAGUCCACAACUUGCGCUUACUUCUUCAAACGGCCAGCUACUUAGAUAUAUAUUCUGGAACGGCAACAGUCUAUAUUUUAGUUAGCCCGCAACACAACAAGGCGAUAACUGGGUGCACACAUACGAAAAUUUAGUCUGAAUUCGCAUGGGCCCAAGGGCCCAAAAGGGCAAAAAAUUAUGUAAAGUGUGCUCCAGCACUAGGCAGAGAAUUUUAUUUUUAAUCACGUUUUUGGAACUAUAGUUGAAGUUGAUGUUUCUCACAAUAGUAACACCUCCAUGCAGUGGCGGAUCCACAAUGUUCUAGGUCUCAAAAACCACUCGUUUUAGUUGUCAGAACCCCACAAUUGGAGAAAUUUCAUUCCUAUACAGAGGAAUUUAUCAACUAACAUCAAAAUUAAAAAUAUUUUGGAAGGCAAAGUCCUCCAGCAAUAACUCAUAGAUCCGCUACUGCCUCCAUCCAUAUACAAGUAUAAGAGCUAUGAAGAAUAUCCUAUAUAUGUACCACUGGAAGAAGUUAACAACCACAACCGCUCUACACUCUUAUAGAAGAUGGCACCUUCUCUAUUUAGUUCUGCAACACGAAUUAUUUUCUCCAAGAGUAGAUUGAAGAAGUCGCACAAAAGGGAGUCGCCUUGUCUAAAACCUCGUUUGGUAUCGAACGGUUUGUAGAGGUCCUUCCCGAUCUUGACGGAGCUUUUGGUAUUGCUCAACAGUUAACAACCUUUAGUAGCACAUAAAUUCGAAUUCGCUUCUGAGACUGUAGUAGAAUCAUCUUAGCACAUUUUCCACUAGAAAACUACAUAAUUCUCCCAAAAACAUAAUUAAAAUCUCUAACAGAUACCAAAAGGAACCAAAAUACGUCACAUUAUUUUCACAACCGUUAGACUAUUUUCAUACAAACUUUAUUUAUAAUAAAAAAUAUGUGUUUAUUUUUGAAUGUUUAUUUAUUUAUAUAAAAAUUUAUAAAAAAAAAUUAUAGAAAAUCACAAGGUUCUUAAAAAAAAAAUAAAAAAUCAUUAUAAAAACCAUGUUAUCAAAUUGUACAAACAAAUGGUGAAAUAAUAAUAGCCAAAGCACAAAACAAACUAUAAUGUAAGUUACUAGAAUGUAAGUAGAAAACAUCCGAUAUAACUGUAUUUAUAAUAAUAUCGGUAGCAAUUAAGAUAUUUACUUUUCCGUUGCUUUAUUUCCUGACACCACAAAUUCGAAUUGAAUAUAACUUUUCUAUUAACGAAAUUACGGCGCUAAUAGACAUAAGCCUUUCGUCGAUUUCGGACCCUUUUGGGAUCAUGCUGUCUAAUCGCAAAUGUAAUGUGUUCUACUGACUUGUUAACAUGAAUCAUUGAGGUAGCGAUAGAAACCGUUAUUCUUUCUAUAGUAAUUAGCACAUGAUGGGCCAGUGCCCCAAUAUAGUAGCUGUAAGUCUGAUAUUGGUUCUAUUCCUGUCAUAUUUGUGCCAUUUCUGCUUUGCUGUCUUGCAGUUUGUUUAGGUUAUUUGUUCAAAAUGUAUAUAAAGUUCACUAUUGAUCUUUUCCAGCGAGCAUGGUAUUGACUCCGCCUGGAAUUCGUCCACAGUGGCUCCUAGCUGGGUCAACUCGUCUGCAGUUACGUUGCCGAAAAUGUCCCUGUGCCCUGGAACCCAAAAUAUGGACAAGUGGAGUGAACCUAAUAGUGAUAGUAGCCGUCUGGCAAUCCAUGAUUAAGGUUGCUUUGCGUAUUCUCCCGUAAUUAUUCAAUAGAACUCCUUAGGCUUUCUCUAUGUAUACCUAGUACUUCCGCUUGGAAGAUGCUACUUGUGCGGACAAAAAAAAAAGAGAUCAUUGAAGUAUACAAUCGCCCCUGCUCUGCUGUCCGUAGUGGACACACGGUUUAGAUAGAGGCAGUAUUCUCCGUCCCUACAAAACCACUUCUUCAUCCACGUCUAGAAGGUAUACUCACCAAAAGUGACUAUUUAAAUGUAACCUUUGGAGCUUAUAGUCUGGUUUAUUUACGUUUAGCUGGUUCAGUUUGGCGCCUUGGGCAAUAGUUUCACUGCGAAAGCACAAUAGUUUUUGUACCUCGCCAGUUCAGUAAGGAAAGCUCAGGAGUAAUGUUAAUCAAAGUAAUAUUAGUUUAGGUCAGGUGCGUUUUCUGAUUCAGGGUCGCAUUUGGACAGUCCUAUGUAGUCCUUUGUAAAUUCUUAAAUAUAAAACAACUAUAUCGGAAACGCAACUUAUAGCCAAAAUACAAAUUUGGUUAGGCAUUUAAUUUCUAUUCCCACCAGCUCGGUUUGAUAUCUAAAAGUAUGAGCUACCAAGUAUUUAAGCCUUGAUCUCACAAAUGAGGCACAAGUAACAAGGAAGUGUUGAACUCAUUCCAUUUCGUCUUUUUCCAUACAGCUUCUGCAACUGGCACAUAAUUGGGGUUUUGCAACGUAUGGUCUAUUGUGCCCUCUCCCAUAUCAUAUAUGAUCACAAAGGUCAGCCACUCUGAAUAAUUCCAGGAGUUUGCAGGGCUCGACCGAGGUGAUGUGAUCCCUGUUCACGUAGAAAGAUCCUAGGGAACGGAAUUUGUCUCGGUGGAGGUCGAUCAUAUCUCUAAACUUUACCAAGUUGUAACCUCCCAGUAAUAAUUUGGCGUGGCGCAUUCCUGUUGCCUGUACACUGACAGACACCAAAGACUUCUGUUUCAAACAUGAUCGGAAAACAUCCCAUUAGUUGGAUAGUUUGGUAUGCGGUCCCGCGAUGCUUGUUCCCAUGCCUUCUGAUAUUUUUUGGAGCCUUCAGUGUUCAACUGGAUAGUACUACCUCUCAGUCGUAGGUCGAGCAUGGAACUGCGUUGCCUUCGAUGCCCAAGCAACUGCUCCAUAAGUGACAAUAGGUCUUAUGAUCAUGGUAUACAGUGAUCUGAUGAUACCUGAAUUGCAGCCCCAGGAUCUACCGGCUAGGUAUCUGCAUAUCAUAAGGGCCGUAGUGGCUCUGGACAGUUUAAACCACUUUUUAAUUCCACGUGCAUAUUCCACCGUAAGAUUGAGUCUAAUAUGAGGCCUAGGACCUCUUCCCUCCUGCCACUCCCUGCCACCAAGCGUUAGCGACCUCAAGAACGGAAGAGAUCUUUACUUUGUAAAACGGACGACGGUAGUUUUUGACAUCCAGUAAGGUUCGCUCCCUUACAGUGUGUACACCGAUAGAGUUAUAGCUUUCUGAGGACAAACGGCUUACUGUAUCUCUUACGAUCAAAGGCCAGGCCAAAAAGAGCGCAAGCAUCGAUGGUAGUUUAGCGCUGCCAAGCUCCUUUGAAGCCCAACUAUCCAGUUAAUUGACAUUUUAAUUGUCCUAUCUGACUCUAUUACUUGUUCACGCAGCUAUCAAGUUAAUUGACAUCUUAAUGAUUCUAUCUAAUUGACUUCGGCAAGAUUCGCAACAUUACAGCAAGUACCCCGAUAGAAAUAUGGCUUCUAUCUUCGCAACUAAGGAGAGGCUAGCUUUACUGAAGGCUCACUGGAUCUCUUACGAUUUAUUUAGGGUCAAAAGGAGCACAAGAACCGCUAGCAGCCUAGCGCUGCCAAGCUCCCUCGAAGCCCAGCUAUCCAGUUAAUUGAGAUCUUAAUUGUUCCAUCUAAUUGACUCGUCUACUCAUUGUAUUCUGUUCGUUUUAACUCGUUAAACGACAUUAUUGUUUUCUUUCAACUAUCUAUGCAGAUUACAAAUCGCAUAUUAUAUAAUAACACUUUAUAAAAUUAAAUAAUGUCAAUUUUCAAUUUUAAUUGAGAUAAUUAAAAAAAAGAUAUUUCUUAGUAAAUUAUUUUAGACACUUCUAAGUACAUGGAAAUGUAUGUACAAGCACCAAUAGUAUAUAAUGUAGCAUAAUUGUAGCUAAAUACCAAAUAAUUGGCGUCAUGAAGAUAGUUUUAGACAACUUAAUAAAAAAAGUAGAUCUGUAAGACUGUACAUACAUACAAAUAUAGAUGAGUAUUGAAUGUGCAAGAAUUAGGUACGUCUGUAGGUUAUGCUAAGAGAGAAUUGAAACAUUUUAGUAAAACUGAUAAACGCUUUGGUAUACUAUUAAUGCUUUACAAGAAUUGAGAUUAGUGAAUUAGGGACGAUAUAAACGGAGAAUAAAUUUGUAAAAAGAAAACAAGCUGACACAAGGCGAAGAAGAGCUAUUUAUAAGUCUAGAUCCAAAACUAACAAAUUCUGAAUUGUGUAAAAUUUCAUUUAAAAAAAGAAACUAAAUCUAUUACAAAAACUGUAAGUAAACUGUUAGAAACGAAACUUUAGAAAAUGAAUUUUAUUAGGCAUAAGUGAGGGUCGCGAGCUAAAACUAUUGACUGCUGUGACAGUUCGAAGCAGAAGUUCGAAGCUGCAAAGUAUCGCGUAAUGAAGGUUAGGUAUAUGAGUACAUGUAUGUACAUAUGUAGUUGCUCCUAUAUUUAUUCAUAAGGCCUUACACGUUCUCAAACAAAUUUUAAGUAAAUUCACUAGACUUAAAUGCAUACGAGUAUAUUAGCCUUAGAUUAACUUUAAUAAAACAAAUUAAGUAUAUGAGCACCAGUAAAUAAAUUAGCUAUUAAGUUAAGACGUAUUAUAUAUUGUAUAUAAUAUUGUAUUAGAAUAUUUAGCACUGUUGCAUAUGUAUAUAUAUAGUAUAAAGUUGAUAAGCGCAAUUAGAAUACGUGUUGGAGAAAAACUGUUGUUUUCAAUAAGCAAAAAAUUGUUAAUUUGAUCACUGACAAAGUCGAAAUAUAGCACUAUGCAGGGAGAAAUUUUCUGUUUGACUAUAUGAAGUGUUUUGCAUAAAUUUGCCAAUUCUCCUUUUAACUGCGAAAACAAUUUAUAAUUUUUCCCAAAAUUUAAGAUAACACAGUUGAAAUAUUUUCAGCAAAAUUCAAUUCAAAUAAAUAUUUAAAUUAAUUAGAAGACACAAAAUCAUACACAAUCCCAAUUAAAAGAUGAUACAUUUCGAGUUCCCUACUUUCUUAAAAAAAACACAGAAACUUAAAAUUUAAUUGGGAAUGUUUAUUAUCAUUCGAAACAAGAUUCUUUAGCAUUCAUUUUUUGAAGAUUAUCUCUUUUAAAUGUUGGCCGCACUUACGUCUCAGAUGGUUCAUCCUUUAACAGUUACGUUCUGACCGGCAUAAUUUUUGAUUAAAUAUGGACCGAUGAUUCCACCAACCCACAAACCACACCAAACCGCUGUUUUAAAUAAGCAUUGAGCCAGGAAUGGGCCUCAUCGCUAAAUAAAAUUUGGCUCGAAAACGUCGGAUCGUUUUGGAACUUUUCAAGAGUCCAUAGAGCGAAGCGAUGCUUCUGGGAAGGUCUAACGUAUUUAGUUCUUGGACAAGCUAUAUUUUAUACGCUUUCAAUUUAACAUCUCGACGUAAAAUAUGUGUGUAAAGUCGUUCCAUACAUCAGUCCGAGUUGCUAUGAAUUGCAUCGAAUCGACUCACCACGGUUUUCGUGUAUGCUGGACGUGGUCUAUUCGGUCGAAUAUUAACCAAUAAAGAAUGCUUGGUCUCUAGAGGGGUGAUGGUGUAGCGAAUAGUAUGCUCAGUAGGCCGAUUAUGUUGACCAUAAAUUGAGCGAAGCGCAUUCUUUACAGAAUAUGGAUUUUCAUAAUAAAGUUGAACGAUUUGUAAACGCUGUUCAGGCGCAAGUCUUUCCAUAAUGAAAUGUCAAGUAAUACUGAAAAAAGAAAACAUGACAGUUUUUCACGACUCACGCGUGUUCUGUAAAAAAGAGGCUAUUGAAAAAAGUACCUCUACUUGGAUCAGCCGUUAUAAAAAGAAAUUUUAUCAAUCGAAAGUCGCUUUAUUGUCUUUCAAAAUAUUUUCUAUAAAGGCAUUUUUGCAUUCGUUUUAACCAAUUGUCGAAGUACUUUUGACACUCUGAUUGAGGUAUCUCCAAAACAAGGAUUUUGAACGUAUCAGCCGCCUCUUCAGUUGUCGCAAAACGUUGAACCGUUAAACUAUUUUGUACGUACAUCAAUUGCUUCUGCAACAACUGAUUUAGGACGACCUUCACGAAAUCCCUCCUAGAGUGAUCUACGACUACUAUUGAAUUCACCAUACCAACGAUGAACACUGGUCCUUCAAGGAGCUUCAUUGUCAAAACUUGAUUUAAGUUCAUCUGUGCACAAUUGAAGAGUUAUUGUACGUCGAAAGUUGUAGAAAAUAGUCGCUCGGAAAUGUUCUCGUUUUAAUUCGAUAUUUUGGUAGGCAAGAAUAUUUUAGGUUACUGUAAUCAACACAAAUAGCUCUCCUAAGCACUUGUAUUUUAGUCUGUAGUACACAUUGAAAUGAAUGAUGAAAUUUGCUGCCUGUCAUCACUUUGUCCUCUAAACUUUUCGUCUUUAUUUGCCGUGGCAUGUUUUCUAAAGUUAUUCGUGCUUCUUUGCAUCGACGACGCUCAAAGAAUGUUUGAUUUUCUUCGUCUCGUCAUGGUUCGUCGCCAUAAAUACACGUUGGACUUUCUGUUUAUCCCAUGUUGUAAAGUAUUCUCGAAAAUACUAGUAAUCAGGAAGGAAGUGUGUUAUGUAUUAGUUUCACCUCCCACUGUACCACAUCUCUGCAUCCUUCAUAAUUUUAGCAGUCUAUCUGCCUUUGUACUGUCUUAUCCACCGAUCUUACCAGAGUUCAAACGCUUGUUCCCUCGCCUGUUGUUUUGCGAACAUGUAUAUAUCCACUCCGUCCUGCUUCUAUUUAUAACCGUCGUCUUCUCUCCUUUCAGAGUUAAUCUAUUGUAAAAACGCUGUUUGUCACAAGUUUUGAUACAGUGCGGUACAACGAGUUUUUUUUAUUAAUAUGACAAAAGUUUUUUAAUAUACAAAGUAUCGAAUUGGGCUCUAUUUUUCGACAGUUUUUCGUAGAAAAAAUUAGGAAGAUUUAAAAAAAAGAGCCUUCAUAGCGCGAUAGAGAAUGAUUAAAAGUAUUCUCUCCACAUUGGACCUAGAUAUCUUCAAAACUCUUCCUUUGAGGGUGAAAACCAUUUUGAAAAACACCAUUCUGGGAAAAACGCGUUUAAAGAUUGGAGUUGUAGCGUUCCCCACUCUGUUGCCUUUCUACAAGAAACGCGGUAGCGACCAUAAUACUUAGAAUUUUGAUUUCAAAAUUUGAGAGAAUGUUUAUUAUAGUAUAUUCUAUCAACAAAAAGAAAUCGAUUUUUCGAAAACUUCACACUGAGACGAUCCCUUAAAGUUUGGUCGUCGACAAUAAAACGACUUUAACUUAGGAAAUAAUUUGAAUUUUUAAAAAUUAUUUUUGAAAGAUAUUUUGAAUACGCAAACUAAUAAAAUAUAGAAAAGAAUUUCCAUUUUUUCAAAACUAUGCUAGUAUACUCCUUUAGUCUGAUAGCAAUGGGACUAUAAUUAAAUUAUAGUAUUAAAAAAUACGUUUAAUUAAAAGGUCCUCGACCUACUAUACUAAAACAUAUUUUUUUGGCACUGAUAAUAGAGACCAUCCAACUUUUCGAUACCAUUUUGGUACUACGAGUUGUCCUUUGCUGGAAAAUAGACUUCACCUCUUCAUUCGACGAAAAUUUUUCCCCAUAUCUGAGCAUUCUUUUGAGAUCUGAGAACUGGAAAUAGUCGCUGAGGAGCAGAUCUGGAGAAUACGGUGGAUGUGGAAGAAAUUCGAAGCCCGAUUCAAGGAUUUUUGCCAUCGUUUCCACUGACUUGAGACACGGAGCUUUGUCUUGAUAUGAAAUAGCAUUUCUGUUUUCAUCAAAAGCAGCCGUUUUUCGGCGAUUUCGUCCUUCAAACGCUGCGAUAAUGCUUUGUAAUAGUCGCUGUUGAUGGUCCUUCCUUUUUCAAGGUAGUCUAUAAAAAUUAUUCAUUGCGCAUCCCAAAAUACAGAAAGUGUUCCCUUUUUCCACACUUUGGAGCGAGCUCAACGUGUACAGUCCACUCGGAUGACUGUCGAUUGGACUUCGGAGCGAAAUGGUGCAGUCAUGAUUCAUCCAUUUUCAAACUAGGGUUUAUUACGCUUAGACAUCUCCAAAGACUGCUCCGAAUCAUCAACUCGUCGUUGUUUUUGGGCAAGAGUGAGCUCCAGCGGCACCCCCUUUCCAAAGAGUUUUCUUUACCCUAAUAUUCGUGAAUGAUGUGCACAUUCAGUUGAUAUCUUUAGAGUGAUUGCUAUCUCAAACAACUUUCAUUUAUGGUCAUCCAAAACUUGUGAUGAUGUUGAUGCUUUCGUUUCUAGUAACCGCUUUUGGGCGUCCUUUGCGUUCACCGUCUUCGGUGCUCAUUCAACAACGUCUUAAUUUAGAAUAACAAUCCUUGAUGGUUGAUUUUUAUGGGGUAGUGUCCGGAAACUCAUAAUCAGGUCAAGUUUUAGCUUCAACUGCAUUUUUUCUCUUCAAAAAGUAAUAUUUUUUCAACACGCGAAGUUUCUUUUUUUCCAUUUUUAAAAUUCAAAAAGCGCUAAAAUGAUAUAAAAGUAGAAAAUAACAGAUCAAAACCAAAAAUAUAUUUCUUAGUUUAAUUUUAGGAUUUAAAGAAACUCAUUUAAGUACCUUAGCACCAAUUGGCGCUUUGGACGCCAUUCGUUGUAUGAACACGCCCAUAUUUUCCGCCAUUUUUACUUUGCAUUUUCAUACAGCACAUUAGGCCCUUACGCUUAACAAAUUGUAUAAUGUAAAAAUUAGCUGUUAAAUAAUGAAUAUAACAUAAAUUCAUAAGCAUAUGAAUAAACUAGUUAAUUAUAUUUACUGUUAUAUUUAAAUGAAACUAGAAUAUACUAUAUAUCAUAAAGCAUCAAGAAGCAGGAUGUAAGAAAACAAAAUGAAAAAGUGCAAUAAGAUGUUGAAGUCAUAAGUAACUGUAAUUGUUGCCGCUGUAACUGUAACAUUCUACAUAGUUCAUCUCGAGAAAAGCAAAACCAAAAAAAAAAAAAACAAAAAGCAAAAACACAAACAAAAAUACAAAUACAAAUACAAAUAAGCAGUAACAACACGUUAAAGUUGUAAAUCUACAAAAUGCAAUUGAAAACCAAAUUUGAGAAAACUAAAUUUUAAUUGAUAGCGAUUAAAAUGUAAUUUGAAGUAUACAUACAUGCAUAUAUGAAAAAAAGAAUUAAAUUAAAUAAAAAUAUUCAUUGAAGUUUCCUA